AACGUCGCUUCUUCUUCGCGUCAGUCGUUCCUCCACAGAUUGUUCCUGUUCUUCGACGUCGGCCAUUCCACUCGUUUUGAUGGUCAUUUGUCUUUUCUAAGUUUUUAAUCUACCGUUUUCUUGACGGCCUCAACUUUGUUGUUCCGCAAUUUCCAAAACUGUCGCCCCAACUUGUAUGCAACUAUCCAUCUGAUUCCCGAGGUACUCGGCAACCAUGAGGACUGCAGCGCUCUUGUCCGCGGUCGGGGCUGCGACCGCUGUGCACGGCAACCCGACGGCGACCGUCAGGUCGAAGCCGCGCGCUACUGAGCUCGAGCCUAUCACGGUGACGGGCAAUGCCUUCUUCAAGGGCAAUGAGAGGUUCUACAUCCGCGGCAUCGACUACCAGCCCGGCGGCGCCGCAGCCAACGUCGACCCUCUGGCCGACCCUGACAUCUGCCUGAAGGAUAUCGCCAAGUUCAAGAAGCUCGGUGUCAACGUGAUUCGCGUCUACUCGACCGACAACUCGCUGGACCACGACGAGUGCAUGAACGCGCUCGCCGACGCCGGCAUCUACGUUGUGCUCGACGCCAACAACCCGCUGUACUCGAUCAACCGCGAGGACCCCCACGGCUCGUACAACACGCCCUAUCUGCAGAGCGUGUUUGCCACCAUCGAUGCCUUUGCCAAGUACUCCAACACCAUGGCCUUCUUCUCCGGCAACGAGGUCAUCCACGACCUCCUCAACACCACCCGCACCGCUCCCUACGUGAAGGCCACCGACCGUGACAUGCGUCGUUACAUCAAGGCCCGCGGCUAUCGCAAGAUCCCCGUCGGGUACUCGGCCGCCGAUGUGACGACCAACCGGAUGCAGACUGCCCACUACUUCAACUGCGGCUCCGAUGAGGAGCGCAGCGACUUCUUCGCUUUUAACGACUACUCCUGGUGCAGCACCGACUUCGUCACGUCUGGCUGGAACAAGAAGGUCGAGGACUUCAAGGGCUACGGCAUCCCCCUGUUCCUGUCCGAGUACGGCUGCAUCGACAACCCGCGCGACUUUGGCGAGAUCGAGUCGCUCAUGCACCGCAACAUGACGGGCGUCUACUCCGGCGGCCUGCUGUACGAGUACAGCAUGGAGCCGAACAACUAUGGUAUCGUCAAGAUCAAGGGCGGCCAGGACAACGGCGGUGCCGACCAGACGGGCGAGCGCGAGGAGCUGCCCGAAUUCUCGGCCUUUGCCGCUGCGCUCAAGAAGUGGCCCGCUCCCACGGACGACGGCGGCUACACCAAGACCUCCAAGGCUUCCGAGUGCCCGACCAAGGACGCCCACUGGGACGUCGAGUCGUCUGUGCUCCCGGACACUCCCGAGGGUGCCCUCAAGUUCUUUGAGGAGGGCGCUGGCAAGGGUCCCGGCCUGAAGGGCCCCGGCUCCCAGUGGGCCGUCGACCAGGCUUCGACCAGCUCGGGCGGCAAGAGCAGCAGCGGUACCUCCGAGGACGGCGAGUCUAGCAGCUCCAGCGCCGCCAUUCGCGGCUCUGUUCCCGCCCUGGACAAGGCCCCAUUUGUCAUCUCUGGUGUUGUGCUUCUCUUCACUCUGGUUGGCGCCGCGGCUUUCUAAGGCUGGGGAGAGUGGGGUUUCAGUUGGCUGAGAUGGUUUGGAUUGCUCCUUUUUUAAAUUAAUAGAUAUAUACUUUCGUGGCCAAUGGGGGCUUUGUGCACUUUAUGGGAAUGAUGAAUCCUUUUUCUUUUGGCGAUUCCCUCUCUCCCGCCUUGAAUAAUUUAGAUAGGCGAUCUGCAGGUUUCUCUUUCCCCCGUCAUCACGUCCGUCACAUUGCGACGUUCUCUUGGGCAUCAUGAACCUGCCCUCGAAUUGUAUUGUCUCCCAACUU